UGGAACAAAGUUCACUGUCACAGACUUUCUAUCACACAGAUGUUCGCCUUCAGAACACCACAGUCUUCCUUUCAGCUGAAAACAACUGAAUUUGAAAAAGGACAAUACUGACAGAGAGCAGAAGGAUCGUUUACUCUAUGGCGAAUAUCGACUUCUUUACUGGAUAUAUGGGGCUGCUUGCUGUCCAUUUCGUUGCCUUCGCUGUGGGUCAAAGGCCUUUGGCCUGCAACUUGCCAAUGGAUGAAGGACAAAUUGGAGAUAGCCCAUCUGUGAAAUUUUAUUACAAUCAAACCAGUGACCGGUGUAAGAUUUUUGCCUAUAGAGGAGCAGGAGGAAAUGCGAACCGCUUCUUUACAGAUGAACAUUGUAUGAGGAACUGUUCCAGCCUGGCAGAUGACAUCUAUCCGAAUGAUGCCCAGGCUUGCUUGCUGCCAAAGGACCCAGGAGAUUGUAAAGGACGUUUGUUGCUUUAUUACUUUGACAAUGCAAAGAAGAAAUGUAAAACCUUCUUGUAUGGAGGAUGUGGAGGAAAUGGAAACAGGUUCUUCUUCCUUUCUGCUUGCAAUUCACAUUGUGCCAGUAAAAUGGGAGGACCACCUGUUCAAGAUGAUGAUGAAUCGGAAGUGAAUGAAGGCCUGGCGGUGGGACUGGGGAUGGGAUGUGCCGUCCUGCUCACUCUUGCUGUCGCACUCGCUGUGUUUUUCACACAGAGGAAGAAACGGGUCAAGAAGCUGGCAAGAAAAUCUCAUGAAGAACCAUUGAAUAAAGGGAUUGAAAUGAGAUGAAGGAAGAAAUAGAUAAUAAACUAUUGCCUGGCUGUCUAAUAAAGAUUGUUUCUUGGAACACUUUAA